UCUCCAUCCCUUUUGCGUGGUUGCACGGCCGAAACUAUUUUUAGGUGGUUUUUACUGAAAAAUAGUGUGUAUUUAGUGAAAAUUCUUCUUUAUCAUCACUCGCGGGUGCAAUGGAGCCUUUUACAUGUUUCAUGGAAUUCCGGUCGUACAUCGAUGAGCUGUAUUCGAAUGACUACCAGAAGUGUCAGGAGGCGAUGAUCUGCCUGAAAAAUGCAGUGAUCGGGAGUAACAAACAGAAGGCAUCUGUGGUGUCUCAGGGAAUCGUGCCUAGGCUUAUAGCACUCCUCACAGACGAGUCUGUACCCCUGGCGCUACGCUGCGAUGCAGGAAUUGUCAUUGGUUCUCUGGCCAAGGGAGCGAAUGACCAGGUGCGUCAGCUGAUUCUCUACGGGACGAUCCACGUUCUGCUGCAGCUCAUCAUGAAGAAGAACAGUGAGAAGCAGCUCGUUGAGAUCUGCUUGAAAUGCCUGAGAUCCAUUUACCAAUAUCGCUACGCACCGACAGAUGUUCUGCACUCUAAUAACGGAACACUCACCUAUCUCAUAGCAGAUCUAGCAUCGCCUAACAGCUCCAUCGAGUGCCAAUCGUGUAUUGCCAACAUCCUGGUGCCCAUCUGUCACUCGUACAUCGAGCAGAUGCUGCUGUGCCAGGCCGGGGCGAUUCCUCUGCUAGCGCGCCUCAUCACCUCCAAUCAUCUGGUGUUGCAGACGCCAGCGCUCAAGUGCCUGGCCUCCAUGUGCUUCACCAAUCGCGCAGUAUCGGACAUCGUCUGCGCCACUAGUCACGACGACGAGAUGAUUCCCGACAUCCUCACGCGGCUGACUUCGCGCUCGCGACCUGUGGAAGUGCAACUCACGGCUGCCAGAUGUCUCACGUACCUCCAUCGAUCGGGUUCUCUGAGCUCUAACGACUCGAGAAUUGAGUUCAAGACGCUGCCCUGCCUGGCGCGUCUCUGCACUGAGGAGUUCGACGAAGACACGCGGGCCACGGCGGCGGAGACGCUGGCUUAUCUGGCGGAGAUAGACUCGGAUCUGCAGCGAUUGGCGGCAAUCAGCAACCACCUGAUAAACUCUCUUAACUCCCUGCUGCAGUGCACGUCGGCAUUGCCGCGGCAAGGUGCUUUUCGGUGUUUCGCCUCUUUGGGCGCCAACGACGAGGACAUCCGGAAGCGGAUUAUAGAGAUGGACGGGCUGAUGGAGGAGGUUCUCGCGGGUCUGGGUGAUCAUUGUCCGGAGGUGCGUCUCGCGGCGGUGCGAUGCUUGCACUCGCUGUCGCGAUCCGUGCAGCAAUUGCGGACGACGUUUCAGGAUCACUCCGUGUGGCGCCCACUGAUGGCUCUCCUCACCGGCCAGCCGACGAAUGAGCUUCUCACCGUGGUCACGUCUACCAUCUGUAAUCUCCUGCUGGAGUUUUCGCCGGCCAAGGAGCCCAUGCUGGAGUCGGGCGCGGUGGAGAUGCUGUGCGAACUGACGCGGAAUCAGGAUCCGGCAUUGCGACUGAACGGGAGUUGGGCACUCAUGAAUAUGGCCUUUCAGGCGGAGCAGCACGUGAAGACGAAGAUCAUCAACACACUGGGCACUGAUAGGAUUUUCCAAUUGCUCGCCGACUCGGACACGCGCGUAAUCAUGAAGACGCUGGGUCUGCUGAGGAAUCUCCUCAGCAACACUCUGCACAUCGAUAGCAUCAUGUCAGACCACUCAGAGAAGGUAAUGCAGGCGGUGAAUCUGGUACUGGACUCGCAACACCCGAGCGAAGUGAAGGAACAAGCGCUGUGUAUCAUAGGGAAUAUUGGCGCUGGUGCUCAGGCCACGGACUAUGUGAUGGAGGAUGAGAAUACACUGCGAAAGCUGGGGGAGUUUCUCGUGAACAAGGACACGAAGUUGCAGGCGGGCGCGAGAUUUGCCAUUGGCAAUCUUAUAAGGAAGAACGAUAUCACCGCUCCUGCCAGACGCAAUAGACUGAAGGAAUUGGGAAUACUCAAUCGAUUGGAGGAGUCCAGACGGCAAGAGCUCUUCGGAACGCAUGUCUAUGAUGAGAUCACAUCUCUGAUCCGCGAGUUUGACUAUAUGACGUGAUGUGGCCAGUGGAGACCAUUUCUUGGGAGUUUCUGCGUGAAGGCAAAUAAUCGAACAGCAUCUUCUUCGAACAGCACAUUUUUACUUCACUUGUUUAUUAUUGUAAACUUAUGUUUAAUUUUUUUUAUCUAGUCAUGCACCCACAAAUCUAUCAUUAUUUCACAUAUUUUCAUCCCAUUUGUCCUCUUCUCCCAGUUUAAGAGAAAUCACGAUCAUCACGAAUUGUUAGGGAGAGAGUGAAAUUAAAUAAAAAAAAAUGUUCAAAUUGUGCGGAAAA